AUGUUUACACGGCCGGCAUGUAGUGAUGAUCUCCAGGUUGUGGGACGUCUGGCAUCAUAUAAGGGAAUCCCAUUAUUGACGGGUUUAGGUGAUGUGAUUAGUGGCGAGCGAUCCACUUAUAGCACAUUGAUUCGGGCCUCAUAUGACCUCUGGGAUGAGGCCCGGGCUAUACUGGCCUUCCUAUCACACCUCAAUUGGCAUCACUUCGGACUGAUCUACCGUCAGGGGGACGUCUACUACCAAACACUUGCCGAGCAAUUGCUUAAUUUGUUGACUAAACCAGAAUAUUCCCGUAGUUUCGAGUGUACGUGCAAAGAGGUGUACGUCAGGGACAUCAAUAAAACCAUUUUGACUGAUUUGGACAAAGUUAUUGAUCACAUGACUCAUUGCGCCAGAAUUAUAGUGAUAAUUGGAGGGGAGAUAGAGGUGCGGGCGAUGAUGAGGAUCGCUCACAACAGAAAGAUCACUCACUCGGGAGAGUAUGCCUUCAUUCAUACCGAACUCAUUUUAGGCGAAGCCAUUGGCAAUACUUCAUGGGCUGGUGGUUCAGUAUCAAUAUAA